UAUAGAUACUGAGUCUUAUUCAACGUUAAAACGUCAUAAAAAAUUAAAUUUAUUGUCAGUAUCUACAAACAUGGUUAAGCAUGUUAUUAUCUUAGCUAUAUUUAUUAUGUUUUCUAUGAUCGGAAAUAUAUUUGCAUUGACUCCGGAGAAAAACAUAAAUCCUUUGGCAAAUGACACUUUUGUGAUCGUAGUCAACAGAUUCUAUAGAGUCCAUUUUGAUAGACACAAUAUACUAGAUGCAAGGACCCAAUUCAUUGCGCAGCUCAAUGACCCUGCAGAAACUGAAGAUAAAUUAAAUAGCUUCCUUAACCAUUAUGUUACACGAAUUGAUUUUGGUAGAAGAAUGAGGGCUUUAAUAGACGAAACAAGGAAUAAUCUGCCACCAUGUAAGUUUGAAUUCUUUCUAAUAAUCUAUAAUAUUAUAACUACAUGUUUAAAAUGUAUAGACUGUAUAAUUCAUGAAUAUUUGUUACUGCAUAAUUUAUCUAUGUUCAUUUAAAAUGUAGCAUUUAUGAAAUAGCAAUAAACAUUAUAACUCGAACCUAACUCAAAUCUUUUCAGUUCCACUGCUUUUGUUUGUUAGCAAUUAUGCACCUAAUCAUAGUCGUGGUGGGUAAUUAUUAAACUUGUUACAUUACAAUAAAACAUAAAUAUAUAACACUAUACAAAAUUUUAUAAUUUAUAAUAUAUGCUCUAAAUCUAUGAUUCAUUGUUAUCAUUGUAUUCAACUAAAAAUAAAAAUAUUUAGUUAACUAUUAGUUAAACUGUAAUUUGUGUUAUUUUUUUUAAAGUUAUUUAUAGAACACCCGCUGACUUUUGUAAAGCAUACUCAGAACG